CUGUAAUAACACCAAAACUGUAAUGAAGCAGCAACGUUGCAGUGCCCAAAAAGUAGAUCUAUAAGUGCUUAUUGCUCGACUUUCACAGCGACUGCGACAGCAGACGCCACGUCGACGGCUCUGUACUAAGUAGUUGUGUUGUGCUUUUGUCAAAAGAAAACACUUUAGAUCACUUUUGCUUAUAGUAGCCUACCUGCCUGCCAGAACAAGACAUGACCUCAAAACGGGGCGGGAAAGUCGCGAGUGGAACCCUCCUCCCGGGCCCGAGUACGACCGUGCGCAAGAAGGCUCCGGGAGAUGAGCCUAAGUCUGCCGCGACAAAGAACCUCCAGGUGGGCGGCUCGUUCCCAACAAGGACAUCAAAAGCAAGCUCGUCCGCGGCACAAGCAGUCAAUCCGGGCGGGGUGCAAAAGAGAGCAGGAAAGCAAGAUCGGGGCAAGAUCGGCCAGAAGGAUUCUGUUCGCGCAGUCGUGGCGAUUCCUCCAAACGAGGUGUUCCUCCUGGAUGGGGAAGGGAGCGCGGAUAUCCUAUGUAGAAACGUUCCCACUCCAUAGUUGUGAUGCAAAUCUGCAUGCACAAAAUGUUUGUCAUGCGGAGCAGCCCCAUGAGAAGCGUUUUCUAGCGGUGUUUUGAAAUUUGUGAUGCUCGUCUCAGCAUGAUAUACUAGAUCUGUGAUGCUGCUGCACUAACCAAACAGGACCACACUCCGAGGCCAAACUUGUCAUUGUGGAUUUGUCUAGCAGAUUCCCCAUCUUGACACUGGGGCGGGGACGUUUUUGCUCACAAUAGCGGUGCUGUACCUCCCGCGCGCCUUCGAGAACCCAGACGAGCUUUUGCGCAAGCUGCAGCAGCAGAUGCCGUGGGCGCAGGGGAGCGUGAAGCUGUUUGGGAAGGAGAUUCCCGAGCCCCGAUUGACCUGCUACUUUGGGGACCACAGCUACAAAUACUCUGGGCGACUGCUGCACGCGCGGCUGUUCCCGCCAAUCCUGGAGGAGCUGAGAAAGACCGUACUGGAGAGGAUGGAGGGGGAAAGAAGUUGUAGUUCAUCUGGUGCGCAAAGAACGAGCUCUGGUUGUUCUGGCAGUAUUUCUACUAUGGGCGGUAAGAGUUCUGUUUUGAUAUCUUCUGCAGCGCAGAAUAGUAUUAAAGUCGAUGUGAACGUGAAGCAGUCCCCUGGGGGGCAGCCAGCAGCAGCACCGCUAGUACCUGAGUAUGAGAGUGCGCAACUCCCCCUCCCCCUCAUUUGUAUGGCAUGAACAGCAUCACAAACACCAACACAAUUGGAGCCUGUGCAUGACAAGUUUACGCACCGAAUGUCGUGCGUGCUUUGGCUUCCGGAAUUCGUCAUGCAAACACUGCCACAAUACACCAACGGCAUUUGGGGUUUUGCAUUACAAAUGAGGGAGAGGGGGAGUUGUGCACUCUCAUACGGAGACGGCCUCGUUCAACAGCGUCCUGUUAAACCGGUACCGAUCGGGAGCGGACAGUCAGGUAUCAAAAGGAAAAAUCCCCCCUCCCCAUAUCGAACACGAAAUUUCUGAUGCUGUAUUUGAGUACACAAAUCGACUUGUAUUGCUAGAAGGCCAAGAGCCGCAGCUGUGGCCUCAUUUGCAGGCAAUUUGUCAUGCAGUUUCCCACUUCCAGCUGCCUCCUCUCAUGCUGACGAUGCAAGGCUUUCCCACGCGACCCAGCACUACAGCCCGCAUCUUUUCCCUUCUAGCAUGACAAAGCUGAUUUGUGACCACAAAUCCGCACCACAGAUUUCCGUUUUGAUAUGCGGAGGGGGUAUUCUUCCUUGCAAUAUCAGGGCUGGCACAGCGACGACGAGGCGGUGUACGGCAAAAACCCCACCAUCGCAUCCGUGUCCUUCGGCGCUCCGCGCGAGUUUCACUAUCCUGCGGCAAAGUAACGUUCUCACCCGGUGCUGCUGUGUGAGCAUUGCUUUUAUAAUUUGAUGUCAGUACGUGCUGGCCAAUAUUACAACGCUAUAUUAAUACGACAUAAAUGUGCAAAGAGAAGUGCGGCCCUACUUGCGAGUCUCCGCUUAGCACACGACGGCGGGAAGAUCAAGUUUCGUAUGCACAACGCACCAAAUUAUAACUUCUUCGUUUGUAGCUAUUUCAAUCGGAUUGGGCAUCGGGUGAGAACAUUUUGCCACGCCGGGAUAGCUCGUUCCGCAAAAUUGCCGACCACGGGAAAAAAGCGGCGGUUACCCUAGAGUCCGGGAGCUUACUCCUGAUGUACGGACCCAUCCAGCACUUGUGGCAGCACAGCCUCCCGAAGCGCGCAAAGGUCGCGGAGGAGCGGAUAAAUCUCACCUUUCGCCAGAUAGUCAAGCCACUCUGACAGGGGCGGGCUGAGGCACGAAUUAUAUGACGUUUAUUUUACGGCUAGUUGCACCUGUCGGGUUGGAAAAAAAAAAUCUAUAUUCCUGUGGGAAAGGAUGCUGUGCUGAGUUUGUGCCUCGAUAGUUCUUUUCCUUUAAUGAGGCCCAAGAUGAUCUUCACGCAGACAAACAAAUUCCGCGGGUCUGCACUGUUGCGGUUCGUAGGUGAAUAGUUGUUUCAAUGCGCAAGAAAGGGAGUCACGAAUCACAGCACUUGCUUGUUUGUUCUAUAGUACUUCUUGUGCUGUGCCGCCGUUCUAGCACUUGCUCGCACGGCGGCCAAUCGACCAGAAUACAUGUACAGAACUUUUCGGGAAGCUAGCGCGUUUUGCAACUCGAUUG